AAAUCAACUUCUGUUGAAGGACUUAACCUUACUUUUGCGGAGCAUUUAGCAGCAAAACAACGUGAAAGUGAUUGUUGGUUUUCUCAAGUUUCCAAGCAUUUAGGCCUGUUACCCAUUAAAAGCAGCAAUCUUUACAAUGGCUGAUGACGUGCAAAGACGCAUGGAGCAAAUAGCUCCAAGCAUUCGCGUUAUGAAGGAGUCAGCGCUGUUUAAUCAGGAGGAAGUUAACUUGAUCGUAUCCAGGCUGAAAUCGCUUGAGUGCCGGAUGGCUACGGGAUUGAAAGAUGUUAAGCAUUUCCAGGCUGCCAUCGGCUACGAAGUCGGUCUGGUUUCAGAAUUGAUCAAGCGUCGUUUGGCAGUUCAACACAGCAGCAAACAAAUGACGAAUUUAGAGUUUGUCUUCCUGAAAAGAAUCCGGCUCCACUACCGGACCGGCUUGGACUAUUUCCCCACCGACUAUAACUUCAACAUGGAGUAUUUUAGCUUUUUGUCUAACUACAAAGAGCAUUUUAAGAGCUUCAUAGUCAUUCACAUCCGGAAUUUGCUGGCUCGCUUCUCUCACGUGCCGCUCGUGUACAUAAGAAUAGCAAAUUGGUAUCACGAGAAUGACUUGAUGCAAGACGCCCAGAAGGUUUUGCUCAGGGGACAAUCGCGGCAUCCGAAAUUUGGCGCCUUGUACAUCGACUUUAUGAAACUGGAACUGGAAAAUACCCCCGUGAAUGAAAAGAAAAUUUUGCUCUGUCUCGACAUGAUGGUCGAGAACAAAUUGCCCAGCAUGGACUUUCAGGUGGCCUACGGGUGGUUUAAACAGAAGCGAGCCAGUCCAGGGCUUCAAGACUACGUAAUCGAGCAAAUGAAAACACACCACAAACAGGACGGUGCGAUGUGGGCCUUUAUUGCCUUGAGGUCAUUUAUAAUCUAUACAAAAAAUGAGCCACGUAUAUCUAUGCCGAAGCUUCAAAAAGUCCUGGCUGAUUUCAAAUGCAACCUUGCCGAAGUCCCGUCCAAGAAGCAACCCGAAUUUUGCAGACAAUUUGUCGACGCGCUCUUGGUGGAUUUUUCGCCUGAUGGAAAAGCCUCAAUGAAACGCCUAGGCGUGAAAAUAUUGGAAGCAGCCGUUGCCGCAAAUAUACCGCUUACGGAGGACCAUUUGGAAAAAUGGGUCUUUUUCUGUGAGGAGGGAGAUGGCGAUCUACUCACAAUGCAGCUGAAAAGCCUUGUUUCAGAUUUGGAAAAACAGCCAAGUGAAAAACUGUGGUAUCUCUACGUGGUGCACCUGAUCAGACAGGACGCGGAAUGGAGCGAAAUCGAGAGCGCCUUCAACACGGCUCUGUUAAACCGGGCGCCAAACUACGUGAAACUCUUCGACAUCUACUUGAAGGCGGGCGAUCUCUACGAUAAGCUCACUCCGGCCAAGAGGCGGCAGAUCUUCGAAACGUCACUGAAAACUUCCAAAUUAGUGGCCCUGCACAUGAAGCCGCGCUAUUUCCUCUACAUACUGGCCACCGAAGGAAUCGCAGGCGCUCGCAACUUGUACGCCCGCAUUUCCGCCACAGAUCCGCCUAGCGAAGAGCUGCACGAAGAAAUGCUGAAUGCCGAACUGCAGCAACCGCUUGAGGGCUUGCAAGUACGAGCCAAACCGGUUCUCAACACGUGGAUGAAACAGUUCGGGAGCACUGGCUGUAGAGUGCACUUGCGUAAAGUGGAAAUCGCCCGAAUUAUCAGUGGUCCAGAUGUGAACGAGCAAAUCCGCGCGAUUUUUGAGCACGCAAUGGCAAGUCUUAGAACGCAGGAGUUGCGAGAGGAGUUUAAGGAGAAAUACCAGGAGAUCUGCUGAAAAACGGUGCGUUUGACUUUUUUGUUUGUUGCAGUUGCGCAAAGUUCCCUAAGCACCCCUAUUGAGGUUUGGGAGUGUAAUAAAACGACUGGUAUAAAAAGAGAUGUCCACAUCAAUAUUUUGUUUAGUGAAAUAUAUGGAUUACAUAUAGUCAA